GCCUCGGAGUCGAACCUGAAUGAAAGUGGCGCGCCGCUGAGGAGCCGGGUGGGGCAGCUGGCGCUGGCGUUCGGGCCACUGGCUCCAGAGCGGUCGGCUAGGUGGCGGUGUGCGGCGCAGACAUGGCUUACAACAAGAUCCCGCCGCGGUGGCUGAACUGUCCGCGGCGCGGCCAGCCGGUGGCAGGAAGAUUCUUACCUCUGAAGACAAUGCUGGGGCCAAGAUAUGAUAGUCAAGUUGCUGAAGAAAACCGGUUCCAUCCCAGUAUGCUCUCAAAUUAUCUAAAGAGUCUGAAGGUUAAAAUGAGCUUGUUGGUGGAUCUGACAAAUACUUCAAGGUUCUAUGAUAGAAAUGACAUAGAAAAAGAAGGAAUCAAGUAUAUCAAACUUCAGUGUAAAGGACAUGGUGAAUGCCCCACGACUGAGAAUACUGAGACAUUCAUUCGCCUGUGUGAGAGGUUUAAUGAAAGAAGCCCGCCUGAACUUAUAGGUGUUCACUGUACCCAUGGCUUCAACCGGACCGGUUUCCUCAUAUGUGCCUUUUUGGUGGAGAAGAUGGAUUGGAGUAUUGAAGCAGCAGUUGCUACGUUUGCCCAAGCCAGACCACCAGGAAUCUAUAAGGGUGAUUAUUUGAAGGAACUUUUUCGUCGCUAUGGUGAUAUAGAAGAAGCACCACCACCACCUGUCUUGCCAGAUUGGUGUUUUGAGGAUGAUGAUGAAGAUGAUGAGGAUGAAGAUGGAAAAAAGGACUCAGAACCAGGGUCAAGUACUUCCUUUGGUAAAAGGAGAAAAGAACGGUUAAAACUGGGUGCUAUUUUCUUGGAAGGUAUAACUGUUAAAGGUGUAACUCAAGUAACAACUCAACCAAAGUUAGGAGAAGUACAGCAGAAAUGUCAUCAGUUCUGUGGCUGGGAAGGGUCUGGGUUUCCUGGAGCACAGCCUGUUUCCAUGGACAAGCAAAAUAUUAGACUUUUAGAACAGAAGCCAUAUAAAGUAAGCUGGAAAGCAGAUGGUACUCGUUACAUGAUGUUGAUUGAUGGCACAAAUGAAGUUUUUAUGAUUGACAGAGAUAAUUCGGUGUUUCAUGUUUCAAACCUGGAAUUUCCAUUUCGUAAAGAUCUCCGCAUGCAUUUAUCAAAUACCCUUUUGGAUGGGGAAAUGAUCAUUGACAAAGUAAAUGGACAGGCUGUUCCAAGAUAUUUGAUAUAUGACAUAAUUAAAUUCAAUGCACAACCCGUUGGAGACUGUGAUUUUAAUAUUCGCCUGCAGUGUAUUGAACGUGAAAUCAUAAGUCCACGACAUGAAAAAAUGAAGACUGGGCUCAUUGACAAAACACAGGAACCAUUUAGUGUGAGACCUAAACAGUUUUUUGACAUCAAUAUUUCAAGAAAGCUCCUGGAAGGAAAUUUUGCCAAAGAAGUCAGCCAUGAGAUGGAUGGACUUAUUUUUCAGCCUAUUGGAAAAUACAAACCUGGUCGAUGUGAUGAUAUUUUGAAAUGGAAACCUCCCAGUCUGAACUCUGUGGAUUUUCGACUUAAGAUAACAAGAAUGGGAGGAGAAGGGUUGCUUCCACAGAAUGUUGGCCUUCUCUAUGUUGGAGGUUAUGAAAGACCCUUUGCACAAAUCAAGGUGACAAAAGAACUAAAACAGUACGACAACAAAAUUAUAGAAUGCAAAUUUGAGAACAACAGCUGGGUCUUUAUGAGACAGAGAAUAGACAAAAGUUUCCCAAAUGCCUACAACACAGCCAUGGCUGUGUGCAACAGCAUCUCGAACCCUGUCACCAAGGAGAUGCUGUUUGAGUUCAUUGACAGAUGUGCAGCAGCUGCCCAAGGACAGAAGCGAAAGUAUCCCCUGGACCCUGACACAGAGCUCAUGCCACCCCCACCUCCCAAGAGACUGCACCGGCCAACCUAGUCCCUGCCUCUGACCUCAUGCUCAAGAGGAAAGAAGAGUGAGAAGAAUGCUGUUGCCUCAUUUACACAGCCUGAGAAAUUAAAGAGACAAUUGUGGCUUGGUACUGACUCAUGUAGCCAACCUGUAUAUAUUUGGUACAUUUGGUUUCUCAGAAAUACAGUACAUCAUGGACCUAAAUAUUUUAUUUAUACCUGAUAAAUUCAGCCUUACCUUUUGGAGUCUGAAGAUUGAAAUAUCCAAAGGUUUAAAUCAAAUUGAAGUCAAUGAAAUAGAGGCCUUGUUUGUAUGUGAGUAGAUACCUUUACAUUUGAUUCAUAACUAACAAUCUGAAAUUGUGAGCUCAUUGAGUUUUUUAGAAGUUGGAUUUUAAGUUUUUCUCCUAAAAAUGUAGGCAGUGGCAUCAGAAAUUCUUGCUGUCACUUAUCAUGGAUUUCCUAUAUUUCUGAAUUUUCUAUAUUCUGAACAAUGACAAGGUCAAACAUUAUGCACAUUAAACAUUUUGGUCUGGCUAUACCAUUUUAAGUUUUUGUUUUUUGGUUUUUUUUGUGUGUG